UGAUACUCAACAACGCAGUCUUGUGUACUCUAAACGGGCCUACUAUAAUCAAAAUUUACAUUAUGAUACAAAUGUUUAGAACUGCUUAAUGAGGUAUAGGUGGAGCAAUGGCCCUGAACGCUAUAUGGAGGUUGAAUCGUAAUAUUUGAGGGCAAACUUUGUAGGCACAAGGGAUAAAUUGAAACAUGAGUAGUUCUUGGCAGCCCAAUCCAAAUGCUAAGCCGUUUGUACCGGCGUCCGCUUUCUUUACCUUGCCAAUUCCUUGCGCAAAGAUCCGCAUUCGAAAGAAAGGGAUUUUUAGCAGGAUUAUUCAGUGGAUUUUGGUGAUAGUGUUAUGCGUGACUGUGAUAAUAAAUUUUAUUUUCAUUUGGGAUACCACGAAGAAAUAUAGCAGGGAUCGAACUGUACUCAAUUCAAACACAGCUGAUGAAGGAGUUGGAAUUUCAAACCACAAUGAAAACAAAGGUACGGUUUAGUUCUCGACCAAUAUCCUCAACUAAAAUUUACUUCUGAAAUUAAAGAUCCUUUAUUUAGCAGUGGUUUUACGAAAUACCUAACCGUAAAGUAGAGGAAAUUAAGGUCUAUUUCAAAGUACUCCAAUAUUUAUUAAGUUCGCAUGUUCAUUAAUUCAGGAAAUGGUAACCGGCGAAAUUUUAACUUGUUAAGACAAUCUUGCCACUUGCAACAUAAUGAUUGUUUUGACUUUGUUCUCUUUCCUUCGUGAGGACAUGUUUAAAGAAGUUCUUAUGUUUUACCGCAGGAUGCUCUUGGUAUAAAAAGCCCUCAUAAAAUUAACAGAAGACAUCCUUUUAGAAGCUUAGAGGUCUUCGCUAAUUUCUUUAUUUCCCCUUAAAUUUUUAAAUCUACUAUGGAAAGCAAAAGAUGUUUAUAACUUUUGAGUAAGUCACUUUAAUUUAAUCAAAAUUUGCUGGUUCUAUAGCUGAGGGUCGUAGGAUCACUAUAGAAGUCCAGUCAAGCAAAGACGUUGCCUCUGUCACUGUAGAUGGAACGAAGGUACAGCAAUAAAACUUUUUGUUGAUAAUAGAAGCUUGUGACUUUUAUGGGUUAUAAGCUUCUGAUGGUAGCUAUGGAACAUUUUUAUUAAGGAAACCAGAGGAAGUAUUUGUAUUUUGAGCGAAAACAAAAAUAGUAUUUACAUCGAAAUUAUUCAUUUAUCCUUCGAGACAAGUUUGCUCCACCAAUAAGGCUGAUGUUUCUUCAUGUAACCAUUAAUGCACUUAAUGAUAGGCUUCCAAGGGAACCAGUGAGUUUUGUCUCCCUGAGCCCCUUACUCACAGUUUCCCGAGGGGUCAGCUGUGAGGAAAUGGUGGGCAGAGAGUCAGCUGAAAUUUUAAUUUGCUAUUGUUAGUUAUUACCUCAGGGGGUUUCUUAGAUUUGUUUUUCUUAGGGGGGAUAUUGAGUCUUUGCUCAUGGCUAAAGACAUGUUCUCCUCCAAUCAGAAAAGGUUUGAUGCCACUCUGCUUUAAAGAUUUAAUGAAUGUAACCAAGAAGUUACAAUUCAUAGACCCUUGGGUCUAUAAAUUGUAACUUCUUAGUUACACUCAUUAAAUCCUUAAACCAGAUUUGCAUCAAACCAUACCUGAUUGUCCACCUGGUUACCAUGUGAACUUUUUAACAUAUCAGAAAAGGUAUUUGAGUAGGAGAGGGGAUGACAACAUCAUUAGGAUCUUCCUCUAAAAAAAAUCCUUGAUUAAUUUAUAGAGAUAUGAGUUUCCUUAUUCUCUGAUCUGUUUAUUGAAUUUGAAUAAAAACUGGAGUUGAAAACAAAGCACAUUUAUCCCCCAGUAGUUUCCUUUCUGGAGAACUCACCAUUUCUUGACACAUUUCCUUCGUGAAACGAAAAAGUAUCAGUCAACUUUGACGUAAUUUACUAUUUCAGUACUAAGUGGGAAAAAUCUUUUAUCUUGUACACCUUGUUCUUGUGAGCCCUAGCUCUUUACAUUAUAUCCCCUGAAUCACAUAUUAAGGUCGCAAGAAAAAGGAAACUAUCACCAAGUAAAGAAUCACUUGAUUGUUAUACAAAUUAUUCUUGUCAGCACCUUAAGAAAUGCAUAUAGAAAAGUGUCAAGGAUGUACAUACUGAUGUUAGGGUGUAAAGGGUUAGGAACAAUUAACCCUGUAACUCCCAUGAGUAACCAAGAUGGAAUUUCUCCUUACAGUAUCAAUACAAUAUCAACCAAAUAAGUGACGAGAAUGAAAAAAAUAUCAAUUUGGCGAUAAUUAGUUGAUCCAAUACUAAAUUCUCUGAACUAGCAUCAUAAGAAUUGUAUGGUUGACAGUAAGGAGAAUUACAAAUUUGAUCUGGGAGUUAAAGGGUUAAGUUCCAGAGAGUGAACUUAGGAUGCCGGAUUGGAUUCUUUGUCAGGGAAUUAUUUUCUUCAUGAAAAGAUUAUAUUUAAUUUUUUAUUUGAUGGUAAGGUGUUGGAGGCUACUGAUGAACAAAAGAGAGGAAUCAAUGUUGCAGUUCUUAACCAGAUGACUGGUGCUGUCAUGGCAACAAGGUCAUUUGAUACCUUUGCUGCUAAAGAGGACUCGGAUGCCUUGGUGCUGUUCAUCAACAUGGUGUCUGAUGGUAGAAUUCUCUGCUUUGCAAUACGAGUGAGUUGGUUGCUGUUCAUGUUUUAGAUUAAUUUGUAGCGCAUGCAAUACAAAAGCAGAAGGCUACCAGUGAAGAUUGAUAGAGAUUGAUGCUGUUUGGCUCGUGACAUAUCAUUUUCCUCUUGUGAAAAAUGGGAUAAGCACCAUUCCAUUUGCUCUCUGCUUCUUCAAGCAGCUCAUGAAUGAAGACUUAUUUUGCACCUUUUUAGUGUGUAAAUCUCAGUAAAACUAUGUAUGUAAUAAAUGAGACUCACACCUGGAGAGAAGUCUAGGAAUGAGAUGCAUGUACUUGUACAAAGAAGUUUGAAUCAAUGAUUUCAAACAGCGUCGACUGAUGGUAUCUUAGUUUAUAUUUAUGUUAUGGCAAACUUGAAGGUUACAUUUAUAAGAUAUCAAAGCUCUGUUAAUGAUAAUGGUGGUAUUUUCAAUUUACCCUUCUAAAUAUGCUGAAUCAUGUAACAACAAAAAGGUAGAGAAAUAUGUUUUUCAUUUUGUCAUGAACAUGGGACAAAGAAAAAAUCUUCAAACCUCAGACCUUCAGAUUCCACACUCUGAUGCUCUACCACUGAGCCACAGAGACUCUACAGUGAGCAAGGUCUAUUAUGAAGUUCAUGUGACACACGUCCAGCAUACUGAGCACUAGGAUCAGCAGUGUUUCCUCAUGGGGACUCCAAAUUUUUUCUCUGUCCCACACUCACAACAAGGUGAAAAACAUCUUUCUCUAGUUCAUUACCAUGCUCAAAAAUUUGCACCUCUCUUACUCUAUUAACAAAAACAUGUGUUUCGCAAAAAUCUGAUUUUUCUGGUUUCCAGGAUGAAGGGACGUAUCAUCUCAAGAAGACAGCACGGAAUCUUAUGAAUACACUUGGAAGUGAAAACUUUAAGAACUUGAACUUCAGAGACAUGUGGGCCUUUGUGGUGCACAAACGAGGCUCAAUCAGUGCAGAGGGGCAUAGAAAGGCCCCCAAUUUUGACACCUGGGGAGAGCCCCUAACUAUUCAGGCCCUAGUGACACUGCAGUCACAGGACAGUGCUUCUUGUUCAUGGGAAGAAAGUGAUGUAACAAAAAGAAGGAGAGAAUUUUGUGAGAAGUUUGAAGGAUAUGGCAGUGUCUGUAGCUGUAAGUGACGUUAUGUAGUGGCCAUGAAUGAAUUAUGCAUCUCUCGUUAGAUUUUACCAGAUUUCUUAACCUUUGAUUCCUUAGAGUAACUAGCAUUUAAUUUCUCCUAAGAAUAUUUUCCCCAAAACAUGCAUUAACCCGUAUGUUUGAUUUGUUUGCAUAUUUUUUGUUCAAUUAUUCCAGGCUCAAACCCUGCCCCACUUGACAUCAAAAGUGAUCCUUUACCAAAUGGGGAAAAAAUGUCUCUUCCAAUUGCAAUCAUUGCUAGCAACAGACCAAACUACUUGUACCGAAUGAUUCGCUCUGUCCUUUCUGCUCAGGGAGCAGAUCCUAGCAAGAUUACAGUCUUUAUUGAUGGAUACUUUGAAGAGCCUUUGGCUGUUGCACGAUUAUUUGGUGUCAGAGGAAUCCAGCAUACCCCUGUCAGUAGCAAGAAUGCAAGAAUAUCACAGGUGACUUAAGGGAGGAGGAUGGGAAAUUAAAGAAGCUUUGUCAAGUAGUAAUGUUUUGUUAUCUGUAAAACUGCUUUCAGCUGAGCAGGUAAUUUAGUGUUAACAACUGGGUUGAAAACGUAAAUUAGCCACCGUAAAGGGUAAAAAAGCUGACGUUUCGAGCGUUAGCCCUUCGUCAGAGCGAGCGUCUGACGAAGGGCUAACGCUCGAAACGUCAGCUUUUUUGCCCUUUACGGUGGCUAAUUUACGUUUUCAACCCAGUUGUUAACACAAAAUUACCUGCUAUACUCUCCCACCGACGCAGCACCACAGUUUCUUUAGAAACUUACCCCUUUCAGCUGAGAGCAGGCUUUGAAAUAUUUGAAUAAAGGGGGUAGGUUUCUAAAGAAAAUGUGGUGCUGCAUUGGUGGGUAGUAUAACAAGAGAACUUGGUUUUGUCAACAGAAAUAAAUAAAAUAAAAACUAACACUCCAGAUUUCAAUUCUGCUUGUUAUAAGUGGAUGGGAACUACUCUGUAGAUAAUGCACUCCUGAGUUCUUUUCCUGGGCCUCAAGCCAUAGUCCAGUGUUACAAAGACAUGGAUGUCUGAAUAAUACACUGACAUUUGGAAUGAAUUUUUUCGUUCUUUCUCAACAGCAUUACAAAGCGAGUUUAACGACAACCUUUAACCUGUACCCAGAAGCCAAGUUCAUGAUCAUUCUAGAGGAAGAUUUAGAUGUGUCAACAGAUAUCUUCUGGUACUUUUACCAGUUAUUACCGUUGCUAGAACAGGACGAGAGUUUAUAUUGUAUAUCGGCCUGGAAUGAUCAGGUAUGGCGUGAGACAAAAAUAUCACAAUACAAUGACCAACGUCCAGCUCGUUAUCACGUUGGUUCACCACACGCACUCGUCUGUGAAAGAGGCUCGCGGUUCAAAACGAUUUAGCAUGCUUCCACAGUUAAGCGUUUCAGUCAGAGCCAUAAAUUUGCAUGUUAUAGGAAUUUAUCCAGAUUCCGCCAGAAAAGGAACAUACUAUUGUGUUUCAAAGAAAAAAGUUAGAGAUUUUAGUGCGAGCUUGUUAUAUUUGAUGGGGCGAAGUUGUCGUAAGGGAGCGAGAUAGAAGAGGCGAACUUGCAGGGGGAUGAAACUUCCAUAUACCUUUGCUCAACAUAACCAAGCUAAUUGUUGUGAAAUUGAAGAACACUCUAUGUGUUUGAUAAAUUUCAACCAGAUUUAUAAACAUAAUCCUUUGUUUGUUUCUUCAGGGUUAUGAGCACACUGUUGGUGAUCCGUCCCUUUUGUAUCGAAUAGAGACUAUGCCUGGACUUGGCUGGUGAGUUGUUCAGUAGGACAAAAUGUAGAAUCACUGAAUCUAGUUGGAUGGAAGAUGGGUUCACUGCCUGUGUUUUUGUUAAUGAAUUUCCCCACAGAAAUUCGUCAAGUUAACUUGACAGUUGGGUGUUGUCGAGACUCCUGGGUGGUGAGGUGGCUUUUUCGCCCUGAACCAAGGUAUUUUUACCCUGUGUCUUAACUGCUGUUAUGAAACUAAAAUGCACUGAGUUUACUUACGUUAUUUCCAUCGACGUAAGAAGAAUUAUCCAUUAAAUACAUGUUAAUGCCGAACACUAACGCAGGACGCAGAAGAAGAAGCAAACAGGAGUAAAAUGAGACUAAUUUUAAGCAUGGAUUACUUAUGCGACGUCACAGUGUGAGUCGAAAGUCUUCCACCUGCUGGCGGGGUUAAAUUCGGCUCAAGAGCAACUUCACAAGAGCCACUAGCAAAGAACUUGACAGGGGUGGGGGAGGUUUGUUGCUAGACGAUAGAGUCACAAGCGUAUGGCCGAUUUGGGCGUUUUGUUAGCAAAUCGUGAAAAGCUUAAAGCGCAAAGGUAUUUAAAACAUGUUCAAGCCAGCACAAGCGACUUUCGAAAGGAUAAUGUAAUAAUGAAGUAGACGUACAGUAAGCACAUCAAACGCUAGUUAUUAAAAUGAACCCAAAUUAUCAGUAGUCCUAGGAAGAUGUCUGAAGGCAGGCUGAAGUUGAAUUGACUUUGAAUCGAGGUGAAAUGACCAUCUACCAGAAUUUGGUCCUGUCCGCUACUUUCCUCGCUUUCCUCUAUAUUUCUGCAUAUAAACACGAACAACUCUAUUCGCUCUAACGUCAGCUUUGGAAACUCUGCUCGGUGGCUAAUUUACAUCAUCAGCUCAUUUGAUGAAACCAAAUUGUCUUUCCUCACUGCGCGAUCGAAUUAAAAAGAAAAAGCUUUUUCUCAACUGGAAAUAUUGAGCCCUUUUCUUUUUAUCUUAAAGGGUGCUAAAACGAAAGUUAUACAAAGAGGAACUGGAACCCAAGUGGCCAACACCAGACAAGUUCUGGGACUGGGAUAUGUGGAUGAGACUCCCUGAGAUCAGACUGGACAGGGAGUGUAUAAUUCCUGAUAUUUCCCGCACAUAUCACUUUGGAUCCAAAGGUCUCAACAUGCACCCGUAUUUUCAAGAAAUGUAUUUUAAAAAGCAUGCACUGAACACCGAGUCAAAUGUCAAGUUUGACGUGGAAAAAAUGAAGAAGGAUAAUUACGAGAUUGAGAUCGAGCUUUUAAUUAGGUGAGUCUUACUCUUAUUUUGCUUUUAAUUGUUAUGAAAUUUUGUUUUAAUGUAAGGUAUUAUUUCUUCGUCGCCGUGGAGACUAUGGUCCCCGUCAGUUUACUCAGACCUCCCUCCCUUUCACCGCCCCCCCCCCCCCCCCUCUCCACCCUCCCCUUGUGCUCUUCGUCUUUAGUGCCCACCUUCCCCCGGAUUAACAUGAAUUACAUUGUCUAAAAGCUUCGUCGGAAAUUUCAAAGAGAGUUACGCGUCUCUUAUCUUAAACUUAUGUAUUACUCUGCCUUUUGUUUACACAGCUCUUCAAGUACUCUCGAUCAUUCCAAGAAUCCUUGCACAAGCGAGGAGUUCGUUCCGGAAGAGAAAGGCAAAAACUUUAUAUUUUACAUUAAAAUGGAUCAUCCCACGGAUUGGAUCACUUGGAGCGCUUUGGCAAAGUGUCUUAAGAUAUGGGACUUGGAUGUGAGAGGUUUUCACAAGAGUAUGUGGCGGUUAUGGAUCAAAGGAAAUCAUGUGUUAAUUGUGGGAUGUCCUGCCUCACCGUAUUGUCAUCAUAAACCAUCUAAUGUGACUCCUAUCUUUAUACCAAAAAAGGAAAACGAGCAGUCGUAGUAUUGGUACGGCGGUUUUCGAAUAAGGGGAGUUCUGCGUCGGUGUUGCCCUGUCC